GGCAAACAAUUUUUUUUUAUUAUUAUUAUUUAAUGGAACCAUCAGAAGCGAAUGAAAUGAUCCCAGUGACUGACAAUAAAUUGAUCGCUCGCUGCCUUCAAAAGUCAAAUCACGUGUACCUCUUGUCGGCUUGAUUUGGUUUGGUAUUAAAAAAUAAUUAAAGGGGGACCACCUUCCCUUGUUCAUCAUUUUAACAUGAAGUUCAAUCUAAUCUCGUUCAUCGCUCUUCAACUGCCUGUCAUUAGUCUAGCUGCAACAGUUAAGAACCUGGUAGUGUUUGGUGAUUCCAAUUCAGACGUUGGAAAUAGUCAAAGGUGGUCUGAUGGAUCAUUAUGGAGCGAAUAUUUAGCAGCAGGAUGGAAUGCAUCCUUAUACAGUUUCGCUUACAGUGGAUCUGUGUGUGACAAUGCAAUGUUUAAAUCAAUUGAAGAUAAAACACCCAGCUUAAAAGAUCAAAUGGAAGCAUAUUACAACUUAAAUUUAAAUUUAAAGCCAGAGGAAACCGUUUAUGCCUUUUGGUUUGGUGUACAAGAUAUUUUUGAAAUGUCAAAACGUCAUGGACGUCAGGAACCUGAUUAUAAGGAGAUAUUGGAAUGCAUUGGACAACAACUGAGAAUGGCACGCAAAGCUUUCUUAUCCAAUCGCUAUAUCGUAUUAAAUAUCGCACCACUUGGACAUAUGCCAUAUUAUCAAGAUACAGUGGUAGCAAUCAAUCGAACACAAGCAGCAGUGGAUAUCAACCGCGGUUUGGAGAAAGAUGUAGCGAAUAUGAAUAAACACCAUCACGCAUUAGAAAUGGAUUACGUUGAUAUUCAUUCAUUAGUUAACGAUAUCAAUGUCGAUCCAGUCUUUUUUAACUUUACAAGUGUAUCCAAUGCUUACCUUGAUGAGUGUGACGGAGAUUCUUGUAAACCCAAGGAUUAUCUCUGGUGGGACAAGACCCAUUUUACAACAGCCUUUCACAAACAGAUUGCUACAAGUAUUCUUGAAGCAGAGUCCUACAUGCCAAAAGCAGAAUUAACAAGCUCGAUCGUGAAACAAUUACAAAAUGUAAAGUCUAGAUUCCGUUCAAAAAAAUAUGCUGUACCACCUAAUAAGGGAGUUAUUGAACAAGUCGCUAAGCUCUAUGAUAUUAAAAAGUCAGUACCUGUUAAACCAUCACAGCUACCCUUGGAAGAAGAUAUGGAGGACUAUGAACAAUCCACAAUCAACCAGAACAAUACAUAUGUUGGAUUAUUUAUCGUUAUUUUGAUAGUAGGCGGUAUUAUUGCCUGUAUCAAAUUCCCAAAUUCGCUCAUUUCCAAUUGGAUUCGUAACAAGGGUCGUGGAAAGUUUAUACCCGUGAGAAGUGAAGAUGUCUAAGUUCUCGGCCAUCCAAGUGUAUAUGUAUAUAUUUAUACAUACAAAAAACAAACAAAUAAUUUAAAUAAAAUUAGAUAUUUUUAAACCAUA